CUCGUUCUUCCUCCCUCCCUGGGGUUUGCCCACUUGCGGCAUUUUGGGCGGCUGUGCAACUUCUGGGCAUCCGGCAAGGCUGCUACUGGGCUCCGCUCCGAGCAGGUGCCACCAGGAAAACCUUUGCACAAAGUUCUGCUUGCAGGAUCCAAUCUGGGUCAGUCACCAGGACCAGAAGUUUUGUCUUCUCAGCUUUCGGACUCAUGCUGGAGCCCCUCCUCCUGCCCAUCGUCCAACCUUUUGGCCAAAGUUCUGCUUGUUUGAAUUUCCUCCGAUAGAAAUCCCUGGAGGUGAGCAGACCCUGGAGACUAUGCAGAGUGGGAAACACUUUGGCCAAAGUUCCCCCCAGAGGAAUCAGGGGAGACUCUCCAAAUGCUCCCAUUGCGGGAAAUCCUUUGCUUACCAUUCCCUCCUUUUGAUCCACCAGAAGCUGCACACGGGGAAUGGAUCCCACCUGUGUUUCCUUUGUGGGAAAUCCUUUCCUGGAGUGUGGAGCUUUGCCAAACAUCUACAGAGCCACCCAGGACUGAAGCCUUACAAAUGCGGAGAGUGCGGGGAGCGUUUUGCUAAAGGCUCGGACCUUGGAGCCCAUCAGCGAAUCCACCAGGGAAAGAGAUCUCAGGAGUCCUGGAAGUGCUGGGGAAGAUUUCCUGAGAGACGGCAUUUCUCUAGGCCUCAGAAGAGCCCAACUGAAGAGAAGCCCUGCAAGUGUCUGAAAUGUGGGCUAUGCUUUCCUCAAACCUCCCAGCUGCUUAAUCAUCAGCAAAUCCACACCGGAGGGAAACCUUAUCAAUUUCUGGAGUGUGGGAAAUCUUUCCGUUAUAAACAAUUGUUUAGAAGACAUGAGAAAAUUCACACAGCGGAGAGUCGUUAUAAAUGCCUAGAAUGUGGGAAGUGUUUCACUAAGAGCUCAUUUCUUUGCAAACAUAAUAAAACACACACAAAGGACGAAAACAAAAUGUGCCUAGAAUGUGGGAAAUCUUUUUCCACCAAAUCAUGCCUGCUGAAACAUCAGAGAAUUCACACUGGGGAAAAACCCCACAAAUGCCAAGAAUGUGGGAGAUGUUUUGGUGUAAAGUCAAGUCUAAUUCGACAUCAGAGAUUUCAUACUGGGGAUAGACCCUAUAAAUGCCCAAAAUGUGACAAAUGUUUUUUUACAAAGUCACAUCUUUUUGAACAUCAAAGUAUCCAUACAGGGGUGAAGCCCUAUAUGUGCAUCGAGUGUGGAACAUUUUUCCGUACAAUACAAAUCCUCAGAAGUCAUGUGAAUGUUCACAGAGGGGAAAAAAAGUUCAAAUGUUUAGAAUGUGGGAAAACAUUUGCUUAUGCAUCAUCCUUUAGAAUUCACUGCCAAACCCACACUGGUGAGAAAUGCCACAAGUGCUCAGUUUGUGAGAAAUCUUUUACCCGGAAAAAUACACUUUGGAUGCAUCAGAAAAGCCACUUAGAGAAGCAAUAUAAAUGUCCAGUCUGUGAGAAAUCUUUUACCCGGAAAAGUACACUUCGGAUGCAUCAGAUAAGCCACUUAGAAAAGCAAUAUAAAUGUCCAGAGUGUGAGAAAACUUUCCGUUGCAAAUAUUAUCUUAGAAAACACGAGAGGAUUCACAAAGGAGAGAAGCCUUCCAAGCCUGUGCAGAAAAAUGAAAAGUGCCCAGAAUGUGGGAGAUGUUUUAACACAAAGUCACAGCUAAAUCAGCAUCGGAGAGUUCACUCCGGAGAAAGACCCCAUCAAUGCUCAGAAUGUGGGAGAUGUUUUACCAGCAAAUCAUGCCUGCUGAAACAUCAGAGAAUUCACACCGGAGAAAGACCCUAUCAAUGCCCAGACUGUGGGAGAUGUUUUGUUCGGAAGGAACACCUAAUUCGACAUCAAAAACUUCACACUGGAGACAAACCCUAUCAAUGCUCAGAAUGUGAGAAAGGUUUGUGGAUUCUGCUGGACUUCGGAGACAUCAGAAGAGGCACACAGGAGAGAGGCCCUAUAAAUGUGGGGAAUGUGGCAAAGGUUUUUCCCAAAAACAACACCUUAGGAGGCAUCAAAAGGUCCAUUCACAAGUGAAGCCAUAGAGAUGCUCAGAGUGUGGUAAUGUUUUGUUCAAAAGGGAGACAUGAGAAAAAUGACAUGGGAAAAGCCCUAAUAGGCCCUGAUGGUAGAACAGUUUUUCAUGGUUGUUCAACCCUUAGAAGCCAUAUAAGAGUUCAUAAAAGGGAGAAAAAUUAGAAACUCUCAGAUCGUAGGAGAGCAUUUUCUUUUCAAUGGUCCCUUAAAAAUUACACUCCAUAUCGGAAAGAUGCACUUUAAACGUUUGAAGCGUGAUGAAUGAUUUCCUUGGAAAACUACUCUUUCAGCAUCAGUGAAUUCUUAUUGGAGAGAAAAUUUUAUCAGGGCUUAGAAUGUGGCAAAGAUUUUUAUCUUCAGAUGCAUAUGAAAAAUCCACACAGGAGGAAAACCUUGCAGGUGUGAGUAACAUGAGAAUACUUUUUCUUGCCAAUUGGAACAUCUUGUCUCCUGGAGUUUGUCCAUUAAAAUUGCCUCCUUGGAAAUUU